CAGAACAGCUGCUAAAUGGACCUUGUGUUGAUAGUUUCCACGUUCAAGAAUCAACUUUUAAUCUCAGCUACGUUCUUCUUCUUUUAUUUUUUUUUAAACUUAAUUUACAAAAACAGAACAUUCUGCUUUUUAAGUUUCGAUUUAAAGCAUUUUCCUCGAAUAAAACUGGUAAUAAACCAACAUUUAGGAAUAAAAACCAUCAACGAGAAGUAACGUUUAUAACCAGAUAAACUACUGACGAGACUUCCGGAGCUUUCAACAACAUGGUGCAGUCUUCCUCGGCGGACGGAGCUUGUUCAGUUGUCACUAUGUGACCUAUUAAACUGUAUAUUCAUAUUUAAGUCACAUAAUGACGACUGAGCGAAGUGCAUCCACUGAGGAAGACUCUGGGGGAAAAAGCUGGUAAGUGGACCUUGAGUUAAGCUUCUUGCUUCCUGGUUUUCCUUUUGUCAAACAUUAAAUCCUUGAGACUGAAAGGUCAUUCUUGACCUUUUAAACAGCAGCUGACAGAACAAUCUUUCCACUCUUAGUCGCUGUUCUGGAGCUUUCGAUCGCAUCACACGAUCUUCCUCUGCUGUGGGAGGACUGCCUGAUCCGACUGAAAGCUCCAGAACUGCUAAAGGACGUUGUGGGAUUAUUAUUUAACAUCGUGUUAACCGAGCUAACACGACUUCUUUCACUUCACUAGUAUUUUCUGGGUUCGUCGCUUUAUUGGCAUUUUGUGUUGUUUCAAUAAAAAUGAUUGUGAUCGAUCAGCUGUGACGGAUGUUGCUGUUAAUCACAGCGCUUCAUUUCCCUUCCGUAAACCGUCUCCGGUUGUACCGGACGGCACAGUGCGGAGACUUCGUCAUUUUCCCGGAGAAAUAACGAUUAAUUUCGUGAUAUUUGACAACUACAGCUCCCAUGAUGCUCUCGCGGGCUGGCUUUGGGGAUAUUACCGCCCAGAUCCUGGAUUAUGGCCGAUCAGCCCUGAUUGACGUGCCCAGCGUCCAAUCAGCGGCGGCGGAGAGGCACGCGGCCAACCCUGUGCGGCGGGGGGCGGGGCCGCAGGGGAGGGGGCAGGGCGCGAGGUAUCAUGGAGGAUCAGUAGGCAAACUGUGGCCGUCAGAGGAGAGCAGCUACCGCUCGGGUCCCCGGGAGUUUCUCAACUGUUCGCCGCCCGCUUUCUAAUCGCCACAGACCAAACAUUUCAAAAUGGACAUGAAGAAGAGGAUCACUUUAGAGCUGCGGAACAGGAGCGCGGCGGAGAUAGCAGAGCUGGUGGUUGACAACAGUCGCUCUGCAGACGGGGAGGUUGAAGGUCUGACAGACGCCUUCACGGAGCUCGAGUUCCUCAGUAUGGUCAACGUGGGUCUGAGCUCGCUGGCUAAACUGCCCUCACUGCCCAAACUACGCAAGUUGGAGCUGAGUGACAACAACCUGUCCGGUUCUCUGGAGACUCUGUCAGAGAAAUGUCCCAACCUGAUCUACCUCAACCUGAGCGGGAACAAGAUCAAAGAGCUGAGCAACGUGGAAGCACUGCAAAACCUGAAGAGCCUGCAGAGCCUGGACCUGUUCAACUGUGAGAUCACGUCUCUGGAGGACUACAGGGAGAGCGUGUUCGAGCUGCUGCCUCAGGUGACCUACCUGGACGGCUUUGACCAGGAGGACAACGAGGCCCCCGACUCCGAGGCCGACGACGAAGACGAGGACGGCGAGGACGGCGCGGGGCAGCCCGGCGACUACGACGAGGAGGAAGACGAAGAGGAGGAGGAGGACGGCUCAGAGGGAGGAGAGGUGGGGCUGAGCUUUCAAGUGAACCGGGGAGAUCAGGUGGGCAACUCAGGCUUCGGCCUGCAGGAGGACGACGAGGAUGAGGACGACUAUGCGGAGGAGGAGGAGGAAGAGGAUCAGGCGGGCGUUCAGGGGGAGAAGAGGAAGAGAGACGUGGAAGACGAAGGCGAGGAUGACGACGACGACGAAGACGACUAGUCCUCCAGCCGACAGUCGUCUGUGUGUCGUCCUGUCCUGUUUCUGUCCGUCUCAGUCCACCUCCGGACCCGACCUCCGCCAGACAACAACAAACACUGCAACAACAACAGGGACAGCAACAGCAGCAACAGGAACAGUGUGAUCUGAGAUAGCUUGUUUCAGUUUGUUGUAGAAUCUCACGUCUUUAUUUUUAGAUAAUAUAUAAGAGUACAGAGAAAGAAGAUUUUAUCAGAACUUCACCUGCUGAAGAUUCCACACGUUUCCCUUUAAAACCUGGUUCAGGAUCAAAGUUUCUGUCUGUCCGGUAAGUCCGCCACCUCUCCGCAUCCUGAACUCCGAUCCUGAACUCUGAUCCUGAACGUCUCGCUGGAUGACUGAAGUUUGGCAGCAGAUUUACCAGCCGAAACGAAACUUAAAAAUCCCGUCCUGCUGUGGACUGACUUCCUGUUAGCACAAAAAAAAAAAAAAAAAAAAAAAAAGAACCCAGAAUGAUGUCACUUCCUGUCCUCCACCGGACCGGAUUUCGGUGUGUUGUCUCGGUGGUCGGCUCUCCCUCUCGACGGCUCCGGCUCGUUUCAAGCGCAGAACGCGUCUGGUGUAUUUUCUACUUCAGGGACCGGAGGCUCACUCUGCUGGAGCAAAGAGCUUCCUGUCGUAGUUUUCUGCUGAAGUCCAGUUCAGACUACAAGACUUUCUGCCGCGAUCCGCCUGUCCCAGAUACAAACACGCUCCUAAGUUCUCCAGUUUCCGAUUGAUCCAUGUGGCGCUGCACGUGUGUUACCAUAGUUACCAAAUGAUCUUGUAUAAACGGCGGCUGAACGUCGGGAGAUCCCUUUCUGAACGCUUGUUGAUCAACGGAUGAUUGAAUCGGUCAUAGAAUCCUGCGGUUGGUCCGUUUGCUUUCAGACCGCAACGAACCACCAGAGUCCGCUUGGAACCGGAUGGAGACCCUCCUUUUCGGACCGUCUCAGUCCAGUUGUUAAGUCCACGCCAAAGUCUGACAGUUUUCACACCGGGAUAAAGGAGCCGAGCUAAACGGCAGACUUUUUAAAAGCCUCGACACCUGAAGACCUGCUGCACUCUGGGAUCGUUUGAUCCAGCCUCGGAGUCAUCUUGUAAUCAGUAGACCAGGUCUGAGAUCGGCUGUGUAGCUUGUGAACCCUCGCAGCAGCGUAACGGUCUGGGACAGAAAAGCUCUGCAGGUUUUGAAAGUCUUGUAUUCUGCACUGGCUUUUGUUUUUGUUUGCUUUCUACGAGCUGGAACUGUUUCCCUUUAAUCACAGCUUUCUGAAAAUACCUGCGGAGCUUCAAAAACCACCAAAGUCUCGAGCCGCCCCGAGCGUACAAACGUGGGGUUGAACCUACAAGCAGAAACCUCACCUGUCGUAUCAGGAGCUUCCUUCUCCUCUUCGUCGGCUUCCAGCGGAAGUUUUAACGAGCGCGUUCUCAGGAGAGCAGGCCGGUUUCUGAGCCUUCGGCACAUCACUCCGUCUGCCAGACCGGACCGACAGUCCACAUCCAAUCUGAUCUACACCUUUUCUUUUUUUUUUUUAAAUCGUUCAGGUGUCGCGGAGGACCAGAACCCGGUUCUUCCCGCAGCCAUAUCUGAUUCUGGACUCUUAACAGGAGAGGAGAGCUCAGUGUGUCUAACACCCAAUCAGGGACGUCGCCUGUUUCUGUUCAGGAUCUUCACCGUCACGUUUGAACCCUUUAGUCUGACAAACUCUCUGAACUGGACGAAUAGUGAUCACAUUGACUCUGCUGUCUCUGCCCCGUCACACGUUAGAAAUAUGCAGACCUGCUGUAGAGGUGACGAUAAUACCGUAAUAUUCCCAGUGUGCGUUUGAUUUAUUGUAGGGAUUUUCCAGGGAAGAUUAGGGGCGGGUGGGAGGAAAUCUUAGUUCUGAUGUGUGUGUUGGAGUUGACAGCGACCCGUUUUGUGUUGUUUUUUGUCCCUGAACAGCAGCUGUUGAUGUUUUGUUUUUUUAGUUUGAUGUGAAACUGAGCGGCUCACCCUCAAACCGCCCGUCCCCCUCGUGAUGUCCAGACCGCCGCCGUGUCACUCUUCAGGCUCCGCCUCUCUACGGAGGACCCGAACCUCCAACUGAACCCGCCGCUCCUCCUCAAAGGAACCGUUUACCUUCAACCUGUGGUGCGUUCAGGUGCCCCUCAGAGAUGUGCAUGUUUCCCAGCAGGUAGAGAAUUCAAAUGUCCAAUAAAGAAAAACGUCUUUCAAGUUUCUCAAAUAAAACACGUGAGAUUCGGAUCCGAACUUUUAGUGUAUUUAAAAACUAAAUUAAGAAAAAUAAACCUGGAUGUUCUGAUUUGUAUUUUUCGAGGAUAAACGCCUCACCUGAACGCAGCAUUACAGCGACAGGCGUGCAGCGGAUUAUGGGACGUGAUGGAGGCGGAGCCUGAAACAGGACACACCUGUUGUGUCUGAUUCAGGUGUCACUGCUCUGCGUAGGAUUCUGCGGCCACACGAGCAGCGACUUUUUACUUUUUAUUUCUCUAGCUGUAUUAAACAGGACCAGACCUGACCUGACGGGAAGUAAAUCAUUUAAUAAGGUUAUAAAUAAUCAAAUAAAUUGAUAAUAAGUACAAAAAUAUUAUCACACAGACAUUAAAAAGUGUCCAAAACAUUUAGAGAAAAGUGCAUUUUUACGUUUCUGUCCCGAUGAGUCGGGUUUGUUCCUGAUGACGCAGCAGAACUCUGCGCAGCUCUGACUUUUAACUAAACUGCUGUCGAGUUUUAUCUUUUCUCUCGUUUACACUCUUAAAAGCGACUCGCGUCUGGUUCAGCGUCAUCGUAAAUUAAACCUGUAACGACGGGCUUCGGCUGACGCGAGGCGUCCACGUUUGUUCCGUUUUUCAGGCUCUCCUGUACCCGUCAGAACUUUCGGGAAAGUUUAACAGUCGUAAUUACGACGGUUGGAAAUUAGAAACUACGUUAGCUCUGAUGUGACGUGAAAGCCUGAAGAUGCUUAACUAAAAUAAGAACCAUUUUAUUUUUUAAGAUCCGCUCUUCUGAACCGUCGUCGGCGUUAGCGGGUCGUUAAAAUUUACCUCGUCUGUAGACGCCUGUGGGUUUGAUUCCCGUCAGAUGUCAGCGAACGCGCUGUCGUCGUGGGAAGCCAGUGAGGGAUCGCGCCCUUGUUGCUGCAUUAGCGGCUCCUCCUGGUUGAUCGGAGCGCUGCGCGGCGUGAGGCGGGAAAACCGUCAGUCCCGUUGACCCGUUGACCCGCUGUCGGACGGUCGAACGAGCCCUUCGUUGUCUGAAGCAGACUUGACACCUUUCUGCCACCUGAGCCGGCCCGCAGGUGAGCAGCCAGGCUCCGCCCUCGGGCGUCCCGUAUAGUAAGAAUCUGUCUCUGCUGAUGUCGGACAAACUCUGUUUGAGGCUAAAACAUCGUCGGCCCUCGGAGGAUUUGGCGAAGGCGUCGUGAAGCGGACUCGGCCGCUGUUCCAGGUGUUUUUAAGAGUGUAAAGUCCGGCGGACCUGCUGAGGUCACUUUUAACUCUGGUUUUUAAGGCAAUACUGUAAAUAGACUCUCAGCUCAGUUUCAGGUUUGUUUUAUUUUUAAUGAAUUAAAUAAUUUUACAGAUGUUGUUUUUCUGCAGCGAGGUGAUAGUUGACCCGUGUCUUUGACCUUUGACCCCAGCUGUUACUUUCCCUCGUCAUCCUGUCUGUGGGGAACCUGUGUUUGACUUUUUGUGUGGUGUAACUAAAAUAUAUUGAGGGGUUUUGAAUUAAAAAAAUAUAUAAAAGGAAAA